AUGCAGCCCGGCGACGCCGAGUGGCGCCUCGUCACCAGCGCACCCGCCGCGCCGGCGUCGGCCAGCAGCAGCGGCAGCAGCAGCAGCAGCAGCAGCAGCAGCAGCAGCAGCAGCAGCAGCAUCGCGGCUGCCGUCGUGGCAGGCGAGUACGAGGCGGCACUGGGCAGUGCGCCCGUGCUCGAGCUUCUGGCGCCGCUCGCCGCCCAGCUCGGAGCGCACCUGGCCGCUGCGCCGGGCGCCGUGCUCGUGCUGCGCGUGCCCGCGGCGGCGUCGGGUGCGCCGCCACUCGAGCUGCUCGCCGCCGCCGUGGCGGCCCUGCACGCCUUUGUGCGACUCAACUGGACGGGGCCCGCGCUGCCCGACGCCCUCACGCCGCUCGCGCUGCUGCGGCGAGCCGCGCCGGCCGCCUUUCCGCCGCGCGACGCCCAGCGCGCCGAACCCGACGCCGCAGCCGAGGCGGCGCUGCGCGACGGCGCCCUCGACGCCCUCACACGCGGCGGCGAGCCCGCGUACCACCUCUGCACGCAGCCGGCGUGGCUCGUCGUGGCGCAGCACCUGCUUGCGUGCGUCGCCGCCAGUGUGUCUGCCGGCAGCAGUGCGGCGUCCGCGCUGCCGACGCUGGCAUGGUGGCAGCUGCGUGCGGCCAGCAUCCACGCGCGCAUCCUCGACGUGCACGGCGCCCUCGAUGCCGGCGUGCUGGGCCGUGCGGCCGAGCUGGCGGCACAGCUGGAGCGCCUCGCCGGCACGGCGCCGGCCUGGCGCAUGCUGCGCGGACGCCUGCUUGUCGAGCUUGGCCUGGCACAUCAGCGCGAGGGCAACGACAAGGCGGCACGCGACCUCUUCGUCGACGCUGCCCAGGCCAGCGGCCUGCGCUACGAGAUCACCGGCGCGCCCGGUCGCCGCACCAAGUGGCAGCAGGAGGACCGCAACCAGCUCGUGCUGCUUGCCGAGAGCCGCGCUGCCGGUCGGGAUGAGAGUGCCGAGGAUGUGCUAGCGAGCGGCAGCAGCAGCGGCAUCAGCGCAGAUGCCGGCUCCGCCAGCAAGGACGCCGCUCUGCCAGCGCCGAAGCGCGAUGCGGCACCCGAGACAGGCUGGAAGAGCACCGUGGACGAGGCGCUGCCGCAGCACAUGCCUGCCAGCCUGCUGCUCAACGACGACACGCUGCUGGAGCGCACUCGCUUCACGUCGUCCGCCGCCGCCGCCGGCCGCGACAGCACGGCGGCUGCAGCGUCGCUAGCCCACCUCGACCCGGGCAAUCCGCCGCCACUGUCGCCCGUCGACUCGUGCAUUCUGCUUGCGCUCUCGCUCGACAUUCGCAACACCUCGCCUGCGCACGGCCUGCUGGCAUCGCAGAUUGCCGUCUUCGUCGCACGCGUGCUCGCGCAUCCGCGCAACUGGAGCGUGCACACCAUGGGCCUGCUGCUGCGCAGCCGUCUCGAGUCGACACGCACGCGCACUGCCGAGCGUGGCGUGCUGCAGCUGCAGGCGCUGCUCGACCAGAUGCCGUCGACCGACUCGUCGGCGCGCGAGCGGCUUGCCCUCUUCCACGCGCUCGACCUGCCGUCGGCAUGGGAGAUGCGCGCCGAGCUUGCACGCAGAUACGCCGAGCUGGGCGUGGUGCGCUCGGCGCUCGAGAUCUUCGAGAGCAUCGAGCUCUGGGAGGACGUCGUGGCGUGUCUUGGGGCGCUCGGCCGCUCGGAGGAUGGCCGCGCCAUCGUCGUCGAUCUGCUCAAGGGCAGCAAGGUCGAGGCGGAUCACGUCACAUCGACACGCAAGCGUGGAGACGCAGCGCCGGCCGCAAGCACGCGCUCUCGCCUCAACUCGGCGCGAGAGGCCAAGCUGUGGUGCCUGCUUGGCGAUCUCGAGCCGGACUGUGCCAUCGAGCACUACACGCGCGCCUGGGACGUCUCGUCGAGCAGCUCCGCACGCGCCGCGCGCUCGCUCGGUGCGCUGUACUUUGCGCAGAGCGAGUACGGCUCCUCGGCCAUCUGGCUGCGACGAGCCCUGCGCAUCGCGCCGCUGUACUCGCGCUCGUGGUUCAUGCUGGGCUGCGCGCUGAUGCGCGACGAGCGCUUCAGCGAGGCUGCGGCCGCUUUCCGCCGCGCCGGCAGCCUGGAGGAGGAUGAUGCAGAGAGCUGGAACAACCUCGCCAGCUGCUAUCUGCGCAUGGGCGCUGACGAGGGCGCCGCUCGCGCCGCAGCCAUGGCCGAGACUGGCGCCGGAGGCAUCGAGGCACACGACCGGGCGCUGGGCCUCGGGCCGCAGGCCACGCUUGCACAGGACGAGGCUGACGAGGACGCGCGCACCAUCACCUCGGGCGACACAUCACGCGGUGCCGACUCGGGCGUCGACGUCUCGUCCGAGCCCGACCUGCACUUUGACGACGACACCGAUGCGCCGGCACCGGCCGCCGGACGCACGCCGUACGAGCUGCGCCUGCUCGCCCACCGUGCGCUGGCACGCGCCGUGCGUUUCGGCCCGGACAACUGGCGCGUAUGGGAGAACUACAUGAUGGUCUCGCUUGACGCCGGCUUCUUCUCCGAAGCAUCGCAGGCGCUCUCGCGCCUCAUUGAGCUGCGUGUCGGCAGCUCGCGCGACGGAGCUCGGGCAGAGCAAAUCGUGGACAUGGACGUGCUGCGCCGUCUGGUGGACGGCGUGACUCGCGCGCCGUACGUGGAGGAGCCCGGCACGCUGCGCAACCCCAACGAAGGCCACGGACUGGCCACGGCGGUGCAGGCGCUCUUCGACCGCGCCAUCUUCCCGCGCGUCUCGCCGUGGCCGGCGCUGUGGCAGACGUACGCACGCCUCUGUCUCUGGCGCGGCGACCUGCGUCUUGCCCUCGACUCGCACCUCAAGGCAUGGACUGCCGGGCCAGGCGACCCGGCAAACGAGGCAAUCACGCGUGAGCGGCCGGCCUUCGUGGCGGCCGUCGAGCAGCUCAUCGAGCUCGGCGAGCUGCUGGAGAACUUCGGGCCGCGCGACGUGAAGCUCGACGACGGCUCGCGCGAGCCGGCCAUGAGCAACUGGGCGUUCCGGGCACGCAGCCUCGUGCGCUCGUUCAUGGGCCGCACGAAGGAUGUGUUCGAGGACGACGCCGAGUGGGCGCGCCUGGAGGAGCUGCGCGACUCGCUCAAGGGCGCGUGAGAAAUAGCCAGCCUUUGCACACCGGCCGCGCAGUCCUGAU